CCCUGGGAUAACUAGCUGGCUGUCCUGCGACGUAACUGUCAGUACAGAUGAGUGAAUUGGUGCAGAAGUUAGUUGAAGGCAAAAUCGACUUCGAGGGCCAAAAGCUUGUCGAAAGGAUUGCGCGGGACACCUUGAUUGCUGCAACUGCCAUCUCAUUCGUCGCCGGCUUUGCCCUGCAAUCACUUCGAGUUACGUUCGGCCUCUUCGCGCUGUUCGUAGUGGGCUUGAGCUUGGCUGUAAUCCCCCCAUGGCCGAUGUUCAACCGCCAUCCAGUAGCGUGGCUUCCAGUCAAAGAUACCAAGUCAGAGUGACGGAGGGUGUCGUAAGGCUCCGUCUUACUGUGCGCAUAUACGCGUGCCGUGUACUCGCCAUAAAGCAUGGGGGACUUUAGGAGGAGCUAAGUUACCCCUGGUGACCAUUCCAAGCCCGCUAGCGCAUGUCGUGGGAUCACACCGUAUUCAAACGAUCUCCAGUACACGCUCACGGUCGGAAAGACGCUUGCCACGUCCUUCCACCCUCAAGUCCUUGUGGACGAUACCCUGGUUACUCAUGUAUUCUCGGACUACUGUACUGUAUACAUUGAUAUCAAUUUUGGAGUGCCU